UCAUCAGAAACUUGAAGAAACAAAAAAGGAGAGUGAUGAAGCAUGUUUGGCUUACAUGUACCGCAUGCUCGAAAUAGCCAGCCAUGUGGACAUGGAGGAGGAAGCAAAGGUGGAAUACAUAGUGGAUGGAAUAAUAGACGGCGAGAACAAUAAGGCUGUAUUGUACGGCGCUACGUCAAUCAAAGAGUUGAGGAAGAGGUUAGUGAUGUACGAAGAGCAGAAGAGUCGCAGAGCAAAGUCGAUUGUGAAGCCGGCUAAAACCCAGAAGAACGGGAAGCCCAGUCAAUCUGUAGACGCAAUGAAGAAAAGAAGAUGCUUCAUUUGCGGUAGUGAGGAUCAUCUAAGUGUUAAGUGUCCGGAGAGGGGAGAAGGUGUUAGGUGUUCCGAGUGCAGCGGAUUUGGACAUAUUGCAGCGAGGUGUACGGCACGACCGAAAGAGACUUGCGUAGUGUCAAGAUCCGAAAAAGGGAAGUAUGUGAAAGAAGUGGCGAUAGAUGAUUGUAGGUUUGUGGCACUAGUGGAUACGGGUAGUGAUCUCACGUUCAUUCGAUCAGACGAGUAUGCGAGGUUAGGGUCACCACCGCUAGGUAAAUGCAAGUUUAAGUUCGACGGUUUUGGUUCCGCUGGCAAUGAGACCUGGGGUGAAUUCACUCAGGUAAUGACGGUUGAUGGGUGUAAACUGCCAAUCACUUUGCACGUUGUUUCAAACAAAAUAUUGACGAAGCACGGCCUGUUGUUAGGCACUGAUUUUCUGGAUCAGGUAGAGUUACGGGUUAAACGGGGCGAAGUGACUUUCUUGCGGCUUGACGAACAGACUAACAAAGACGUGUCGGAUGUGUUUAGAAUUAACGUAGUAGAACAGACUGACGAAACAGACCUAACACACGUACAGGAACCGCAUUAUCGUGAAGCGAUUCGAGAUAUCGUUAGGGGGUAUAGGCCGGAGAAGAAGCGAGACGUCGGAAUAACCGCAAAAGUAGUUUUGGAAAGCGACAAGCCGGUAGCGCGAAGACCGCGAAGACUGGCGCCGUCGGAAAGAAAGGAAGAAGAUGAUCUGAUGGAAGUGUGGACAAACGAGGGUGUCAUCAAAUCGUCAGACUCGGAGUAUGCGAGUCCGAUAGGUGUAGUUAGAAAGAAAGAUUUGUGUGUGCGUGUGGCUAGAUGGGCCUUGUUACUAGGCGAGUUUAAGUAUCAGGUGUGUCAUCGGCCGGGGAAAAGUAUGCAGCAUGUAGAUGCUCCGAGUAGGAACCCCCUGCCGAGCACUAUGUAUGUAACGGAGAGUGAAGACGGGCUGAUUGCACGGUUGAGAAGGGCACAGAACAAGGACAUUGAAGUCCGUAGGAUAUUGGACGCCGCAUCGUGCAGUCAGGCCGAUGGGCAGGUAGUAAGAAACAAUAUUUUGUAUAAGGAGUGCAAGGACGAUGUGCUAAUAGUAGUAUCGAAGGCGAUGCGGGCUCAAGUAGUCAGGCAAGCGCACGAGCGUGGGCAUUUUGAGGUUACCAAAACAGAAGCUAUGGUCAAGAAGGACUUCUGGUUCAAGGGGUUACGCGAAAAGGUCGAAUACGUGGUAUCCAACUGCCUUGACUGUAGCCUAACCGAACGAAACAUAGGUAAGCUAGAAGGGAACCUGCGAAAUUACAAGAAAAGAAGAAAGCGUGCGAAGCAGUACCGAAGGAAGGACCCGCACACACCUCGAUUUUAUGAAACCUUGGGUCCUAAACGCCGAAAGUGACGCAUCUGAUGACAGCGAGAUAGAAGGCAACAUCUGAGGGCAGAUGUUAUUGCAGGAUGGCCGAAUGUAGUAUCGUGGACGAAAGGCCUAAGAAAUAUCGGGCGAACUAUGAACAAUGUCGCGAGAGCCGAGGCGCCAUCGGGCCCAUCAAUGUGUCAUCGGUCUUUUCAAGUGCAUACUUCGCCGAAAAGACCUACGUGACCCUGGCUACGAGCGUCUGCAGAACACGUGUGCGGUGGGCCUAGCAAAAGACAAUAGAAUGCUACAGCGGCCAGAGAGUCAGUCGAGAAGCAGAGUGCGAGUUGAGCGGAUACGGAGUGUGAGUCGACGUGCGACGAUAUUGUAGUCGGUCCUUUUGUUAUUGAAUAUCACUUAUUAAAAUACAUUAAACUUUGAACCUA